CCUUAAUUUCUCCCCAACUGCCACCCCUCCACCCUUAACUCUCUUUCUCUCUCUCUCAUCUGCACAACCCCUUUAUAAAUCACUCCACCUCUCAUCUCCCAAUGUGAACCUCCAUUUUCCUUCUCUCUCUCUCUCUCUAGAUCAGUAACAGGGUGUAGGUUUUGGGUACUCUCUCAUCAACCAUGGCAUCUGACAACCACUCUGUAGUAACCAUCAAGAGGAAGUCCACCAUAAAACCAGACAAGAAGGCAGAGAGAGAAACCAUCCCAUUAGUAACCUUCGACCUCCCCUAUGUGACUUUUUUCUAUAACCAAAAACUCCUCCUAUUCAAAGAUUUUGAUAAGAGAGAAAAUGGAGAAAGAAAAGAGCCCAUCAGCAAUGGCUUCGAGGAGAGAGAGAAAGAUGAAGAUGAGGGAAAUGGGAAGGAACCCAACACCACAAAUGGGGGGUUUGAGGAGAGAGAAAGCGGAGGAGAGAGAAAGAAGCCUGCUGAGAUUUGGUUUGAGGAGAGAGUGGAGGGAUUGAAAAAGAAGUUGAGAGACGUUUUGGGUUACUUUUUUCCUCUUUCAGGGAGGCUUAAGAAAGCUGAGGAUGGGGCUUUGGAGAUUGAGUGCAAUGAUGAAGGGGUGGAGUUUGUUGAGGCUUUGGGUGAAGGGAUAGGGAUUGAGGAUCUCUCUAAACCAGAGGCUUCUCCACUUCUUAAACUCAUUGUUCCUUACACUGGGGUCUUCAAUUUUCAGGGAUUCACCCUGCCAUUGCUGUCUGUUCAGGUGACCAAGCUCAGAGAUGGAAUGGCCCUUGGGUGUGCCUUCAACCAUGCUGUACUGGAUGGCAACUCAACAUGGCACUUCAUGAGCUCAUGGGCUGAGCUCUCAAAUGGCUAUCCCACCCCCUCUCUCCUUCCCUUCCAUGACCGGACCCAGUCGAGGGACACACGUUUGAAGCUCGACAUCCCGGACCUGAACUCUAUCAGUCCACAUGAAAAUGGCAAGCCACCAGAGAACGACGACAAUGAUAACAACAGAGGUCAUAUGAGGGAGAGAAUUUUUCACUUUUCUGGAGAUGCUGUGGAAGCCAUAAAGUCUCAAACCAACGAGGCUCGUGAUCCUGGUGCCCCUUCGAAGCCUUUGUCGGCUUUCCAAUCUUUGUCUGCACACGUGUGGAAGGCUGUUUCUAAGGCAAGGGGCCUCCAGCCUGGUGAUGUGUCUAUCUUCACUGUGUUUGUCGAUUGCAGGAAGAGGAUCGAUCCACCGAUGACGGAUUCCUAUUUUGGCAACUUAAUCCAAGGGAUUUACAGUCCUCUCACGUGUGAUGCUUUACUAGAAGGGCCUGUACAGCUCGGAGCCGAGACAUUGCAACGUCUGAUAGACUCACACACCAGCAAAGCCAUUUCUCAGAAAUGUGAGGAGUGGGAGAAGGAGCCGAAACUCUACAACUUUAGGGACGCCGGGAUGAACUGUGUGGCCGUCGGCAGCUCGCCGAGGUUUAGGGUCUAUGAGGUGGACUUCGGGUGGGGCGGGCCCAUGCACGUGCGAAGUGGGUCCAACAACAAAUUUGAUGGUAUGGUGUAUUUGUAUGGUGGGAGUGAUGGGGCCCGGAGUGUGGAUGUGGAGAUAACACUAGAGGAGAAGGCCAUGGAGAGGCUUGAGGAGGACCCCAAGUUCCUCUUGGGCAUCUCUUGAAGAAUUUCGAAUUUGAAAUGGGGUUAUUUCAAAUUUUGAAUUUCUCUUAGGUUGUGCUUUGGGAUUUUAGAUUUGGUAUGGAGGGGUCAAUUGAAAUGGGAGCUUAGGAGGAGUUACAUUGUAAUUUUGGGAAAUAUCAGUUGUUAUUUUGUUGUGUUUCUUUUCAAGGGUGUCUUUUUUAUUUGUGAAAAACAUGGAUUUCUUUGGAGGUUCAAGUCAGUUAUUUUGUGUAUGCAAUUUAUUGACAUUGUUCCUUUCAGUUUAUGUUAUUUAUUUAUUUUUUAUUUUUAUUUUUCCUAUUUGUUAUGUCUUUAUUAUCAGCUUUAUUGAGCACCACGUGAUGCAUUUGUAUGUACGCCCUCCUAGUGGGGAGUUAUUAUUUA